AUGCUGCGGCACGGGGCGAGGGGGGCGGUAAACCCCCAUACUGUCAAGUCACGGAAAGUUUCGGCGGCGGGGAGUGCUUCCGCGCCUGCUCAGCGUCCCCCUCCUCGGGGAGGAGCCCUCCCGCUGCUGGCGGAGGGGUCAUCAUGGCGCGGCUCUGCGAGUAGCGUUGUAAGAGUCUGGUGUGAUUUCAUGAAGCAGUGUCUCGUACCACUGAAACUCAGCGAUUUGAAGGCGAAUGAAUGUUACGCAGAUUUCUUCAGAGAAGACUUUGAUGUGAAAGCUUACACUUCCCAGUCUAUUCAUCAGGCUGUGAUAGCUGAGCAACUAGCAAAACUUGCCCAAGGUAUUAGUCAGUUGGAUAAAGAGCUUCAUUUACAAGUUGUUGCAAGACAUGAAGACCUGUUGGCUCAAGCAACUGGAAUUGAAUCCCUGGAAGGUGUCCUCCAAAUGAUGCAGACUAGAAUUGGUGCUCUACAAAGUACUGUUGAUAGAAUUAGAGUCAAAAUUGUUGACCCCUACAACAAAAUAGUGUCUCGCACAGCUCAGCUAGCAAAACUUCAAGCUGCCUGUGACUUGCUGCGGAGGAUAAUACGCAUCUUGUAUCUCAGUAAGAGACUUCAAGGACAACUGCAAGGAGGAAGCAGAGAGAUAACAAAAGCUGCCCAGAGUCUCAAUGAACUUGGUGAGUCCUUCUUAGUAACUUUUAGAGGCUUUUUUAGCUUGCACUCAUGA